AUGAUAUAUGAUGCUAAAAUAAUUGGAGUGGAGACUCACUCUGAUAAUGUUUUGUACAAAUUACGUAUUAUCAAUUCAUAAACAUUUGAAUAAAGGGAUAUAAGGGUCAAAUAUAGUUACUUAUAAAAUUUACAUUCUAGUUUGUAAGAAUUAAAUCCAGAUCGCCAAGUAAAUAUAUAUUAUUAAAUUAAGUUACCUUAAUUUCCGAAGAAAGACUUAAUUCAAUCAUUUAUGGGAGAACAUAAAUUUGUGAAACAAAAAGAAUAAUUGAUUGGAGAAUACCUUUCAUAAUUAAUUAAAUCACCACCUCCUAGUUGUAAGCCAUUAAUUUUUUUUUUACGAGAUGGAGCUGAUGCUAUAAGAUAGACAGAAUUAUCAAAAGAAAUAUCAACUAAAACAGAACUAUUCAAAUUGAUUAAACCAGAAAAAAUAUUAAAAUAAUCAAUAUUUGGCAAAACUACACUUUGUUCAUUAUAAGGAAAAAAAGUUAUUUUGCAUAAAUUUUAUGUUUUAAGAAGUCAAAGUGAAGAGUUAUUUAACCAUUAUUUUAAUACUCAUUUAUAUUUCACUGAUUUUACUUUGAUUUGUAAAAUUAUACAUAUAUUCUUUUUACAUUAAAAACUUAAUUUUAUGGAUAGUAUGUUUGGAUCAACUAAAUAACCUAGAUCUUGUAAAAAGUAGCAUUUUGAACAAUUUUAUUCAUCAAUUAAUAAAUAUGAUGUUGUUAAAUUAUUUUCUAUUGAAGCUUAUGAGGGAUAAAGUCUAGAGGAAAUUAUUUAAGAAAAAAGAAUUAAAAAGAUUUCAUUCUCCAAUAAUGAACUUUGGAAUUUAAUUUAGUAAUUAUUAGAAGCAAUACUUUUUCUUCACAAUAAUGAUUGUUAUCCUAAUAGAAUUACUACUAAUUCCAUUAUUAUCAAUUAAGAAAAUCUUAAAUUAACUGGAAUAUAAGAACCAAAUGAAAAAUAUAAAGAUAAAUAUAUAAUUGAUGGACAUGCUCAUAAAACUGAAUUAGAAUAUGAUUCCAUAUAUUUUCCACCUGAAAAACUAAAUUCAACUUAAUUUAAUGGUAAAUUGAAUGAUAGUUGGCAAUUUGGAGUAUGUAUUGUAAAGGCUGCUCUUCUUUGUACUAAUAAAGAAUUAGAGGGUAUUCAUUAAUCAAAAAUUGUUAAUGAAUUAAUAUCAUAAAUAAAAAAUUAAUAUGGGUAAUCAAACUUAUUUUAAUUUAGAUAAGUGAUGAAAUAGCUAAUAUUUUAAUGUUAAGUUUAAAAAAUUCAAUUUAAUAACGAACUUUAAUUAAACAUCUUCAUUCCAUAGCUAAUCAAAGUUCUAUUACACCAUUUUAAAGUGUUUUUUUGAAUCAAAUACAAGAUCCUACUGUUACAUUUAUAAGACUCAAUUCUAUAAAUGAAGAAGAAAAAUUAAGACUGACAGCUUAGCUUUCUUUAUCAAGUGUACUCUCAAUUAAAAUUAAUUUAUAUAAUUAAUAAGUUGAUAAUAAGGAAUUUGAUAAAUUGAUGUAAUUAUUGGGAGAUUUUGCGAUAAUUAAAGAUAUCGAAAUAAUAUUGAAUAAGUACUUUUAUUGUACAAGUAAAUUAGGGCAACGAAUAUAAAUGUAAGUAGUGUUCUCUGUAGUUUAGCAUCGAUUAAAUCUUUGAUAAAUUUAAAUUUAGAUUUAAAAGGAAUAUAAAUAGAUUAAAAUGAUAUAAUAUAUGGAAUUUAAAUAUUCAAAUAAAUGAAUUUGAUGAAACGCUUAACUUUAGAUUGUUCUUGUAUGGAUUUUAUAAAUUUUAUAAAAGCAGAAUUAGAUGAUAAAAUGAAAUUGAUUUGUUAUUAUGAAACAUAAUUAAUUUGA